AUGGCAUGUUAUACGCAGAUUUUUAAACUCGAUCGUGCGACGGCGGAUACUGCCGUGAAGUCAUUGCUGGCAGCUGCCACUGCGUUGGGCGUAGUGCGAAGGCAAGAGAUCGCAAGCAUGCUGCCGCCCACCGUGCUCGACCCGUGGCCCGGCCAACUUAUUCUCGACCUUUGCGCCUCGCCGGGCUCUAAGACGUGUCAAAUACUCGAUAUGUUGGCGUGCCGGCAAGGCGGCGCGUUGCAGACCGCUGGCUUGCUGGUCGCGAACGACGUUUCUGCAAAGCGCUUGGACAUACUGCGCCACCAGAUUCGGUAUGCGAGCCCAGUGGCGACGCUGGUGACCAAUUUUGACGGAGCUGAGUUUCCGACUAAGCUACUGUUCGACCGAGUGUUGUGCGACGUGCCGUGCAGUUGCGACGGUACGCUCAAGAAGAACCUGGACAUUUGGGAACACUUCUCUCCGUUGCAAGGAGCCAAAUUGCACUCGAAGCAGCUAAAAAUACUGUCUCGCGGGCUGGCGCUUCUGAAACCCGGCGGCAUUCUUGUUUACUCGACGUGCUCGCUGAACCCAAUGGAGAACGAAGCCGUUGUGGCGCAGGCGCUCCAGACGUUUGCGCCUGACGUAGCGCUGGUAGACUUUUAA